GACUGGAUUUUGUGCUCUUAAUAGGCAACUGUGGGAAUAACUCCAAAGAAUAUUUUCCUCGACGUUUGGAUUUCGCAAGAAAUUUAAUGCACUCUUUGACGGUGAAUCCUCGAAGCGUACGCACUGCUCUCAUAUCAGUUUCUAAUGGAGCUGAAAUAGUUCAAGGUUUGAAAGCACAACCAUACAACCCCGUCGCAGUGUCUUCGGCUUCUCACUUGUCUGGCGGACUCUGUACUUUUGGGCAAGGAAUGGAAAUAGCGCUUGCUUUGUUUAGGAACAGCGGAAUAAGGGGUAUUCCCCAAGUGCUGAUCACUUUGUUGGAUGGGAAAUCUGAUGAUGAUGUUUCGAAGCCUGCAAUUGAGAUUAGCAAAGCAGGUGUCCUAAUGUAUGCAGUUGGGUCCAAGAACAAAGUCAGUGAAUUCGUUGCCUCCAACAUUACCAGUGACCCCACUAAAGAAUUUUUUAUACCAGAUCCAGGCAUUCUACCUAUUGAAACAAUGAAGCAGGCAGUUGUGGACAAACUAGAAAGAGAUAUUGAAAUUGGAAAAAGACUUGUUUGUCCUGUGAGAGAAUGUAGUAAUAAUGAGACGAAGCCUUCAUCAGAGUUAAAGCCACAACCUCAAUCACAAAACGCAACAAAAUCUCGUCAACCCCUUGCAGCUAAGAUAGGACCAGUUGAUUUGGUUUUCUUAGUCGAAGGCAGUGAUAUGGUUAAUGAGACAUUGUUCAGGGUAAUGCUCGACAUUGUAAAAGACGUCUAUAGUCGCUUUCCAGUCUCCUUGAAUGAAACACACGUGGCCGUAGUCGUUUACGGCUCCAACACCCAAAUCGUGUUCAAUCUCAAAAACUACUUCAAUGCUAGCGAAAUGAACAAAGUUUUAGUGUCAAUUCCAAAGCCCUAUGGCGCUACUUUUUCGGGAAAAGCUCUGAAGGCUGUGAGAACGAAGGUUUUUUAUGGAGCUGGAAGAACGAAUGAAUCUGGUGUAUCGCGUGUUCUCCUACACAUUACGUGUGGUAAGUCAGCUGAUGACGUAGUUGGGCCAGCUAAAGUUCUUAAAGAAGCAAAGGUCAAAAUAGUUGCAGCCGGCGCAUGUCCUGAGGCUAAUAAAAUGGAGCUUUGCAACAUUGGAAGUCCUCCGGUAUGUAAUAACUCUGUGCUUAUCAAUACACUCAAGCCACCGAAUAUUCCUGGGAAAGAGCUGGCCAGUAAACUGAAGCAAGAUAUUCCUAUUCAAAAUACCACGGAAAAAAAGCCAGGUCAAAAUGUUUCUGAACCUUCAACUGGUACUCUUGUGCCAAACAUGUUUUGGAAUAAUGGACCAAGUGAAGCCGUUCUUCCAUUGGUUCCUUCUCUCGUCCCAGUUCAUCCUCAAGCGCUUAGUCCAGCCCCUAACAUUUGGAACUAUGAAAUACAAAUGCAACGGAAUCCUGUGCCCCCAGAUCCAUACACUCUUCCUGGCAGUUCCUAUCAAUACAGUACGCAAUGUGAAGAUUACGACCCCGCCUGUUCUGGAUAUACCGUCAACGGGUAUUGUGAUGGAGAUGCGAUUGGUUUUAGUAAUGACUACUUAAUGAAGAUGUGCCAAAAGAGUUGCAACUUAUGCAAGACAGAGCAAGAUUAUACAUCAGGAGGAAUAUGGAUAAAGAGGGAUGAAAUUCCAAAACGAACUGAUAAUAUAAAAAGGAAGAAGGCCGCAAAUUCAGAAAAUCCAAAAGAAAGAACUAAAAGAGGAAGAAGGAGAGAGAAGAAGAAGCAGGAAAAUGUCAAACCAGUGACGUGAUGUUCCCAUACACUAAGCUACCUCCUCAUAAUGGAGACGGUUUUAGUCAAACCUGAAUAACAGCUACAUUGUGAGCUCUAAAUUAAACCUUUUAAAUAUGGGGAAAGACAAAUACACCGGUUAUACUUAUGAAGCCCUAAGUUACGACAAAUACCCUUUCUAGGCGAUCUUGGUACUGA